AUGACAAUCCGUCUAGUGAUAUCGGUUCCCUUAGUGGGUCUUCUGCUCGUUGGCGCUGUCCUAAGCCAGAUGACCUCCAGCGAUGGGAGCUACAAGUUUCAAAGCCCCCGCCAGCUACCGGACGCAUCGGUGAUGCCAACGUUGGCCAACGGGGAGAUAGGACUGGUAGCGUACGGAGAAUACGUGCACCUGAACGGCGUUUACAAUGGGCUCGGAGGGCAGUCACACCGGGCGCGUGUGCCAAACUACGGCAACAUCCAGCUAGCCAACUGUGCUCCAACAAACGGGGUACCUCCGACACAAUCCUGCACCUAUCAGCUGGACAUGAAGGAGGGCAAGUUUGUGACGGUCGACGAAAACGGUGGUAGCGACUAUCGGGUGAUUCAUGAAAUGUACCCCCAUCGGUACUACGAUAUGGUGCUGGUGAACAGUGUCCGAGUGCAGCGGCUCGGUUCACAGGGAACGAUCCAGGCCCGACUGCUCCAAAUUCCCGGUAUGCUGAGCCCUGAUGUCAAUAUGUCUCCGAGCGGUGAGUUUACGGUUUCCGGAGUGACUUACCAGCAGGUGUGCGGUUCCACGGUUCAGGUGGAGCACCCGGACAUUCAAAGGUUUGGCCACACCGUUUGCGUAACCUACCCGACCGUACCGGAGUACGUGGAGCUUCUGCCAGACAGCAUGGCUAAAGAGGUCACCCUCUUCACGGUAUUCACGGCUACAGCAGAGGAAGGCCAACGAGUGAUUGGCGUCAUCGCUGGUUUAUCUGAUGCUCGAGUUAAUGAACUGCACCUUACCGAGAUGCAACGGCUCUGGGAACGAUAUGACAUAGCGGUCGAGGGUAACAGUCAACUUGAUCGCGUCAUCAAGGCGAGUGCGUUCUACCUAUUCAGUUCAUUACCGUCACAUAGUACGGUGCAGUCCAGCGUACGGCGUCCAUUCUACGGGCUUGCACCGGCUGGGCUUGGACGUGGUGGUUUCGUCGAGCAGGAAUACCAGGGUCAUAGCUUCUGGGACACGGAGAUCUGGAUGUACCCUGCCAUCCUGAUGGUGGAUCCUGUCAAUGCCCGCAAAGUCCUAUCAUACCGCACCACCGUAGCUUCCGGGGCUGCAAUGAAUGCGGAAAAGAAUGGCUUUGCUGGCAUACAGUUCCCUUGGGAGUCGGCCUUUACCGGAACCGAGGUAACACCGGAUUGCUGUCCGGAGGUGGUCAACUUUCAGCAUCACAUCAGUGCCGAUAUUGUGUUUGCGGCACGACAGUACUUCUACGCCACCGGUAACAUGGACUGGUUGCGGACGGAUGGCUGUCCGCUUGCCAGCAAAACGGCACAGUUCUGGAUGAGCCGAGUGCACUACAAUAACGUUACCGAUUUGUACGAAAUCCGGAACGCCAUGGGACCAGACGAGGACCAUGAGAACGUUGCGAACAACGCGUUCACCAACGUGAUGGCUGCGCACAAUCUGUUUUUUGGAGAGUUUACUAGCUGCUACUGCAACCGUAAUACGGACAGUGAUGAUAUGCGUAAGGAGAUGCUGCAGGUCGCCAGGGGUCUGACGCUUCUGUAUGAUGCUGAGAGAGACUUUCACCCGCAGUAUGAAGGAUAUCAAACGGGUACCUUGAUCAAGCAGGCCGACACCGUGCUCCUCAUCUAUCCCUUGCAGUAUCCAAUGAAUGUUACAACGAAAGCAAACAACCUUCGCAUAUACUCUGAAGUUACGCGUCCAAAUGGACCCGCGAUGACCUGGGCCAUCCACACCAUCGGCCACUUGGAGCUCGGGCAGCUGCCAGAUGCGGCCAAUAUGUUUGAAAAGAGCUACAGUCAGUACCUCCGGCAACCGUUCAAUGUGUGGAGCGAAAAUGGCAACAAUGAACCGGGUGCUGGCAACUUCAUUACCGGUGCCGGUGGUUUCCUGCAGUCCAUCAUCAACGGAUACGCAGGUGUGCGCCUCUAUCAGGAUCGGCUGGAAAUCAAAAAUGCUCGCCCAACGCCCAACACGAACGCGUUGAUCAUUCCGACCAUCGAGUACCGAGGCGUUCGGUUUUCGUUGACCGUACGAUCAAAUGAGUUCGUUCUGUCUUUCAAAACUGGCCCCGUGGAAGAAGUGAAGCUGUUGGUCGAUAAGCAAGUACAAUCUAUCUGCAGCAACUGUAACUAUACUGCCAAAACGGAAGCCAGUCUUGAACUGGUUCAAGACCAGACCUUCAACGGAUGUAAACUUCGACCGACCACGCUCGGCACUAAAGUUGCUGAUCAAAGCGAUUCUGCAACAGCUGUACAGUCCACAUCGAUGGCGUUUGUAUCACUUGUUGCAUGUUUCUUAUUACGAAAACUUUUCUAA